AACGACAAAAGGCGGUUUCUUCUGAAAGAUACAGAGGCGGUGGCGGUUGCUGACAGCGGCGGUCUCCGAUCGACACGUACGUAUACCAAAACCCAAAGCUUCCGCCAUAUUGCAACUCUGCCACAAAGCCUUUAGGGAAUAAACCUUCAGCUUCUUCACAAGGCAAAGGCUCUUCCGUUCGCUCCAACCAGUUCUAUCGCCACCGGAUUCGACAAUGAGAAGAGAUGAUUGUUACACGACGCAGCUGAUUGAUAACAAUGGCGAGUUCAACGCCUCUGGCCUGCAGGAUUUUGUCAGGAAGAUUAAGUUGGCUGAUUGUGGCCUUUCUUAUGCGGUGGUCGCUAUCAUGGGGCCUCAGAGUAGUGGGAAGAGCACGUUACUGAAUCAUCUUUUCCACACAAAUUUUAGGGAGAUGGAUGCAUACAAGGGAAGGGUUCAAACUACCAAGGGCGUUUGGGUUGCUAAGUGUGUUGGCAUUGAGCCCUGCACAAUUGCCAUGGACUUGGAGGGCACUGAUGGAAGAGAAAGGGGAGAGGAUGAUACUACUUUUGAGAAACAAAGUGCGCUAUUUGCUUUGGCGAUCUCUGAUGUUGUUUUGAUAAAUAUAUGGUGCCAUGAUAUUGGUCGAGAGCAUGCUGCAAACAGGCCUCUUCUGAAGACAGUCUUUGAGGUAAUGGUACGAUUAUUCAGCCCUCGUAAAACAACUCUACUGUUUGUUAUACGUGACAAGACUAAGACCCCACUUCCGCAUUUGGAGUCUAUUCUGAAGGAAGAUAUUAAGAAGAUAUGGAAUGCUGUUCAUAAACCAGAUUCCCUUAAGGAUACUCCCCUCAGCGAAUUUUUUAAUGUGGAAAUCUUUGCUUUGUCAAGCUAUGAAGAGAAAGAGAAGAAGUUUAAAGAAGAGGUUGCUCAAUUGAGGCAACGGUUUUUCCGUUCUAUUUCUCCGGGAGGAAUUGCAGGUGAUCGACGAGGUGUUAUCCCUGCUUCAGGAUUCUCUUUCAGUGCGCAGCAAAUAUGGAAAACCAUAAAGGAAAACAAGGACCUGAAUCUCCCUGCCCACAAGGUAAUGGUUGCCACUGUGCGGUGUGAAGAGAUUGCCAAAGAGAAGUUUAAUCACUUAACCACCGAUGAGAGGUGGUUGGCAUUAGAUGAAGCGGUCAGAAAGGGUCCUGUAUUAGGCUUUGGGAAAAAGUUGAGCUCGAUCAUAGAAUCCUAUUUCAAAGAAUAUGAUACAGAGACAGCGUUUUUUGAUGAUGAAGUGAAAAAAGCUAAAAGGAAACAACUGGUGUCGAGGGUAUUGGAGUUUGUGUAUCCUUCUUAUGUUAUCUUGUUGGGACAUCUGCGAUCUAAAGCCUUUGAGAAUUUUAAAAAAAGGCUUGAACAGUCUAUGAAUGAUGGAGAAGGAUUUGCAUCAGCUGUUCGCAAGUGUACCAAAACUUGCAUGCUUGAGUUUGACCAAGGAUCUGCAGAUGCCGCUGUGCAGCUAGCAAACUGGGACCCAUCGAAAUUCCGGGAAAAACUAUGCCAUGAUAUCGAUAGGCAUGCAUCAUCUGUUCAAAAUGAAAAGCUUUCAGGAAUGAUAGCCAGCUAUGAGAAACGCCUCACUGAAGCACUGACUUCACCAGUAAGAUCUCUGCUUGAAGCUAGUGGGAAGGAUACCUGGGCUUCAAUAAGAAAGAUUCUUCAACAUGAGACUGAAACAACCAUAUCAAAGUUUUCAGUUGAUAUUGCUAGUUUUGAGUUGGAUCAAGAAAAAAUUGACAGCAUGGUACUAGAUCUAAGGAACCAUGCUAGAAACGUUGUAGAAAACAGAGCAAGAGAAGAAGCAGGAAAGGCUCUAAUGCACAUGAAGGAUAGGUUUUCAACCGUCUUUUAUCAUGACAAUGAUUCAAUGCCUAGGGCCUGGACAGGGGAGGAAGAUAUUAGAACGAUAACUAAAGAUGCACGUGCAGCGUCGUUGAGGGUUUUGUCAGUUCUGGCUGCUAUACGUUUAGAUGAAAAGCCAGAUAAGAUUGAAAAUAUUCUCACAUCAUCUUUGAUGAAUGACGUUGUUGCAAGUUCUUCAUCAAAAGAUAAAAGUUUUGGACCUUCUUCUGACCCUCUUGCCUCGAGUAAAUGGGAGGAGGUUACGGUAAAGGAUACUCUGAUUACACCUGUGCAAUGCAAGGCCUUGUGGAGGCAGUUCAAAGCAGAGACCGAAUAUAUGGUUACUCAAGCUAUAACAGCACAGGAGGCUUAUAAGAGGGGUAACAAUUGGCUACCUCCUCCAUGGGCAAUUCUAGCCAUGUUUGUUCUCGGCUUCAAUGAGAUUAUGCUUCUAUUAAGGAAUCCACUCUACCUUGUUGUUAUAUUUGUGGUAUAUCUACUCUCAAAGGCCCUAUGGAUUCAGAUGGACGUAGGGAGGGCGUUCCAAAGUGGGACUUUGGCCGGACUUCUUUCCAUUUCAUCUCAGUUGCUUCCAUCUGUUAUAAACCUAAUUAAAAGACUUGCCGAACAAGCUCAUGGACAUACAAAUUCUCAAGCAUCUAGACCCUCACCUCCAUCAGCGAACUCCCGGAGUUUCAGGAGUCAGACACUAUAUUCAAAUCACGCCAACACAAUUCUGGAGCCAUCAGCUGUAACCAACGUUGAGUCGUCUGUAUCAUCCAAUGUUGAGUCAUCCUCCGAUAGCGAAAUUGAAUACUCGAGCCCCAGUGCUGGACAGGCAGACUAACAGCCUCCGUGAAGGUGAUCGGUUCUAGGGGAAAUUUAUUUUGAUGCAUAAAUAUUUCGAAGUAUAUGAUCAUCUCAUCAGAAAAUAGAUAGAAGUGGGUUGAAUGUAAGUAUUUGAUGUAUAUAGGCAUAGGAAAUAAAUUUGGAGUGCAAGUCUUUCAGGGGAUACAAAUUAUAGAAGGAUGUAAUGUUUAUCUAAGGAGACACGUGUAAUGUAUUGUGUAAUGUAUUAUACAACUUUAUAAUGUACAAAUUUUAUACAUAUAAGCCA